AUUGGCCAGAUAAGCAGGUUUCAAACCCUACUCGCUGUGAGCUAUGACUUAGACUCUCUAUAUUUUGGUUUCCUCGUUUCCUCUUCUGGAAAGUAAAUAUGUUCCCCACAUCAUGAGGUUGUUGGGAAAAGGAAAUCAGGUGAUCCAUCUUAAGCACUCAGCACAAUGGCUGCCACACAUCAAACAGUUAAGGGUGGGUAUUAGUACUAUAAUUAUUCUGAUAAAAUUUGAUGGCCCUUUGAACCUCCGCAUCACCUGGGUUCACCUGAGGACAAGGCUCUGUGUGAGUAGCAAGUUAGCAGUUGUUGGGGGGGCGGGGGAUAAGAUACUCCAUCUUCUUGGAGUCCUUAAAAGUCCUUGGGACAGGAUACUCUGUGGGUUUGGGGAAGGCAAAAAGGAUGAGGCCAGGAGGAAGAAGGGCCGCCUGGGCUGGAGGAGUUAACAGCUCCCAGGCCCUGGCCCAGCAGGGCUGCCACGCUGCAGCAGAGCAACGAUUUUAGCAGAGGAGCCAGGGCUACUUCCUGAUGGGCAAAACAGCUGGUUGCCCAGGGAAAACAGCUGGCCUGGUCCCAGCCUCCUGAGAGCAAGGCAGAGCCUCAGAAGAGGACAGCUCCUCAUCUGGGGUCCUGAAGGAGGAGGGCAUGACCAAGAGGGAGAGGGUAGUCCUUCAGGAUGUGUGUGGGUGUUGGGUGGACCCCUGGAGAUGAGAGGGGUGUGAGCAGAUUCCAAGAGCAAAGGAAGGAUAUGCUGACUCUAAACAGUCAGGGCAGGGGUGCCUCCAGAUGGGAUUCAGGGGUCUCAGUUUUCCCUCAAAUAGGGAACAUGAGGGACAGGGUUGCAUAUGGAAGACAAGCCUCUGCUCAGUCCUCUUGGAAGUGGGCUUGGAACCAGAGGUGGGGAGGGGGCCCAGGCUGGGCUCUCAGAUUCCCAUCAGCUGAGCUGCACCAGGAGCAGGGCCAGGGGCCCAUCCUCUGACCAGGAUCCUGGGCUUCCUUGGUCACAAAGCAGGACGCGACCCAGAGAGCCCCCAACUCAGGAGCUGUGAAGCUGGCAACUGUUUUUCGGCGGACACAACAUCUUUGUUUGUAUGUGGUGCAGAGGAUCGAACCCGGGCCGCACGCAUGCCAGGCGAGCGUGCUACCGCUUGAGCCACAUCCCCAGCCCUGCAGAAUGCUUUCUAUGAAGAAAGCUUGGUGGUGGUCCUGGGGUGCUGGGAGGUGCAGUGCCCAGGGCCACUGGCCUGGAAAUGGCCCAGCUGGAAUUUGAAACACUGGAAGCUGUAACACUGGAAGCUGUAACUGGAGCCUUUGGAGCCAGGCCUUGGACCAGGAUGCCAGAGUUCAACAUGCUCCCCACCACCAACACGCUCACCCUUAGGAAACUCUCAUCAGUUGGAUGGCGCCCCAUCAAACUCAGAACUUCCCGCGCUCCAGGCAAGUGUGCCACAGAUCACAAUAUGGACAACACCACAGAGAUGCUGCAGGAGUGGCUGGCAGCUGUGGGCAGUGACUAUGCAGCUGUGUUCUGGAGGCCUGAGGGGGAGUCCAGGUCCUACCCAAGUGAAGAGGGUCCCAAGCACUGGACCAAAGAAAGGCACCAGUUUCUGAUGGAAUUGAAGCAGGAAGCCCUGACUUUUGCCAGGAAUUGGGGGGCUGACUAUGUCCUGUUUGCAGACACAGAUAACAUUCUGACCAACAACCAGACGUUGAGGCUUUUGGUGGAGAAGGGGCUGCCAGUGGUGGCCCCAAUGCUGGACUCCCAGACCUACUACUCCAACUUCUGGUGUGGGAUCACCCCCCAGGGCUACUACCGCCGCACAGCUGAAUACUUCCCCACCAAGAACCGCCAGCGCCGGGGCUGCUUCCGGGUCCCCAUGGUCCACUCUACCUUCCUGCUGUCCCUGCGGGCUGAGGGGACAUCUCAGUUCGCCUUCUACCCACCUCAUCCCAACUACACUUGGCCCUUCGAUGACAUCAUCGUCUUCGCCUAUGCCUGUCAGGCCGCUGGGGUCUCCGUCCAUGUGUGCAAUGAGCAACGUUAUGGAUACAUGAACGUGGGGGUGAAGUCCCACCAGACCCUGGAGGAUGAGAAGGUCAAUUUCAUCCACCUGAUCUUAGAAGCACUGGUGGAUGGGCCUCCCAUGCAGGCCUCAGCUCACGUAUCUCGACCUCCGAAGAGGCCCAGCAAGAUGGGUUUUGAUGAGAUCUUUGUCAUCAGCCUGGCCCGUAGGCCCGACCGCCGAGAGCGCAUGCUGAGCUCGCUCUGGGAGAUGGAGAUCUCUGGGCGGGUAGUGGACGCUGUGGAUGGCAGGAUGCUCAAUAGCAGUAUCCUCAGGAGCCUUGGCGUGGACCUGCUUCCUGGCUACCAGGACCCCUACUCGGGUCGCACACUGACCAAGGGUGAGGUGGGCUGCUUCCUCAGCCACUACUCCAUCUGGAAAGAGGUAGUGGCCAGGGGUUUGGCCCGGGUGCUGGUAUUUGAGGACGACGUGCGCUUUCAGAGCAACUUCCAGGGGCGACUGAAGCAGCUGAUGGAGGAGGUGGAGGCCCGGAAGCUUCCAUGGGACCUCAUCUACCUUGGCCGAAAGCAGGUGAACCCUGAGGAGGAGGUGGCUGUGGAGGGGCUACCAGGCCUGGUGGUGGCAGGGUACUCCUACUGGACACUGGCAUACACUCUGAGUCUGGCAGGCGCCCGCAAGCUGCUGGCCUCCCAGCCUCUACACCGCAUGCUGCCUGUGGACGAGUUCCUGCCCAUCAUGUUUGACCAGCACCCCAAUGAGCAGUACAAGGCACACUUCUGGCCAAGGGACCUGCAGGCCUUCUCUGCCCAGCCCCUGCUCGCUGCCCCCACCCACUAUGCAGGGGAUGCUGAGUGGCUCAGUGACACAGAGACAUCCUCUCCUUGGGACGAUGACAGCGGCCGCCUCAUCAGCUGGACUGGCUCUCAAAAGACCCUGCGUGGCCCUGUCCUGGCUGGCAGCAGUGGGCACAGCCUCCAUCCCCAGCCCCGGGAUGAGCUCUAGGUCCAAACAGUGACUCCAAAGGAGUGCAUAGGAGCAGAGGAUAUUGCUGGCAGGAGCUGCGCCCAGAAGCCACAAAGCCAGAGAGAUCUGGCUGUCGCCUUAGACUUGGCCACUCUGCCUCUGGACCAGUCUAGGUUGGGAGAAACCACUCAGAACUGGAUCCCGUUUCCCAGAGGUCGCUUAGCAAAAGGGUAGGAUUCAAAGACUCCUGACCCUGCUGGGCCUGGUUCAUAGCCCCAGGUAGAGGGACAGAGGGGGCUUCUCAGCUCUCAGUUUCAUGUUGGGCAGACUCCUGGAUCCCUCCCUCCCUAAGGACUCAGCCACUGGUCUCUUCUGUCCCUUCUACCUCCACAUCAACAGCCUCCCCUGCUCAACGCCUGGGUCUCACCAGAACCUUCUUUCCUGGCAAUGGGAAGUUCAGGGAGGUGGAAGUGGGAGGUAGAGCCCUGCAGACCUGGUGUUAAGCACAGAGUAACCUCAAUAAAAGCCAGAUGUAUUUGCACUUUA